GUUGUGUUGGUCCAAAAUUAAAAAAAAAAAAACACUGCAUCCGAAUCUAGCUUUUGCUUCGGAUACCCGAACCUAAAAUAAACCAACAUGACCGUUACACCGAACCUAAUUUAAAUACCUUCACACUCUCUCCCCUCAAAAUCUCAUCACAAUCUCUCAUCUCUCUGUUUCAUUCUUCUUCGAUGGCGACGAAACUCAUAAUCAAGAAAGCGACGAAAUCAAUCAACCGUCACCAACGCAACUACCUCCGCCGUCACCGGAAAACUCAGAUCGGAUGUUCUCCUACGCCGGUGGCAACAACCGUCAUCGCAACCAUCAACAAAUCAAUCUACAGAUGUCACCGUACCUUCCUCUGUUUAUUCUCUUCUCGCCAUGGAACCAAAGGAUUCAAAAUCCUCAAACCUCGCGACGAUGUUAAAACCUCUCCGUUACCACCGUACUCUAUGUUUCACGAGAGAUCCGGCAAAAACUUCGACGAGACGAAGAAGACGAUCGUCUUAGAUCUAGACGAGACGCUCGUCCACUCGUCAAUGGAGAAACCAGAUGCACCGUACGAUUUCGUCGUGAAUCCGAGAAUCGACGGUCAGAUGUUAAAGUUUUACGUGAUCAAACGGCCAGGAGUAGACGAGUUCUUGAAGAAGAUCGGAGAAAAGUACCAGAUCGUCGUGUUCACGGCGGGGCUGAGAGAGUACGCGUCGCUCGUCCUCGAUAAACUCGACCCCGAGCGGCGCGUGAUCUCGCGUAGCUUUUACAGAGACGCGUGCAGCGAAAUCGAUGGGAGGUUAGUGAAAGAUUUAGGGAUUGUGAUGAGAGAUAUGAGGCGCGUGGUGAUCGUUGACGAUAACCCGAACUCGUACGCGCUUCAGCCCGAGAACGCUUUCCCGAUAAAACCGUUUUUGGAUGAUUUGGAAGAUGUUGAGUUGAAGAAGCUCGGUGAGUUUUUGGGUGGUGAUUGUGUCAAGUCUGAAGAUAUGAGAGUUGCGUUGAAGGAGUUUGUUGGAAGUGAUGAAUGAAUGAUUCUUUUUUGGUAGCUUGUAAUUUGUGUAUUAAGAGAGGAUUUGAUUUACAAGACAAAUGAACAAUUAGCUUUGUUUGUUCGUAUUAGUCUUUGUGUGUACACAUCCUCAUGAAAAGCCCAAUUUGUUGAUUUGUUUGAUUAGUGUUAUAAUGUAUGUGGUUUGCAUUAAACAGUUUUAAUGAUGAUUAUUUUCAUUUGAUUUUA